AUUUAUCAGUCGUCACUCUACUACCGGCAUCCAGACGUGGGACAGUGCGUUGUGCGUGUGUGAGACAUUCCUGUAGCGUCUUGACGUUUCUUCAAUUGUUUCGUCCAACGUUGCCCAACAAUGUUUGGUCUGGAUAACAGAUUUUUAUUAUUCCUUGGAUUAGUCCUGCUUUGUGGUGUGGGCUCCACCAAAGCAGAAGAUGAAGUGGAAGACCUAGGAACUGUUGACAACAACAUUGGCAGCAGCAAGGAGGGCAGUAAGACUGAUGAUGAAGUGGUUGCCAGAGAAGAAGAAGCUAUCAAGUUGGAUGGACUUAAUGUUGCCCAGAUCAAAGAGCUGCGAGACAAAGCAGAGAAGCAUGAAUUCCAGGCAGAAGUUAACCGCAUGAUGAAACUCAUCAUCAACUCGUUGUACAGAAACAAGGAGAUUUUCUUGCGAGAGCUCAUCAGUAAUGCCUCGGAUGCUCUGGACAAGAUUCGCUUGUUAUCGCUAACUGACAAGGAACAGCUUGCUGCCACUGAUGAACUAUCUAUUAGAAUCAAACUUGACAAAGAGAACCACAUCCUGCACAUCACCGAUACCGGUAUUGGCAUGACCAAGAAAGAUCUUGUGAACAACUUGGGAACCAUUGCUAAGUCGGGAACCUCGGAGUUUUUCACCAAGUUGCAGGAAAGUGACAACAGCCAGUCGGCCAGCGACCUCAUUGGUCAAUUUGGUGUUGGAUUCUAUUCAGCCUUCCUCGUUGCUGACCGCGUCGUGGUCACGUCUAAGCACAAUGACGACACCCAGCAUAUCUGGGAGAGCAACUCGAACGAGUUCAGUGUCGUCGAAGACCCACGGGGAGACACGCUCAAGCGAGGCACGACCAUCUCGCUCACUCUGAAGGAAGAAGCCUACGACUUCGUUGAGAUCGACACAGUGAAGACGUUGGUCAAGAAAUACUCUCAGUUCAUCAACUUUCCCAUCUACUUGUGGGAGAGCGUCUCCCAGGAGGUCGAGGAGCCCAUUGAGGACGAGGAAGAACCUGAGAAAGCCGAUGAGGACAAAGCUGAAGAAGACAAGGUUGAAGAUGAUGAAGAAGGCAAAGUAGAAGAAGAAGAUGAGAAACCCAAGACCAGGAAAAUCACCAAGACCAUCUGGGACUGGGUGCUUGUCAACGAUGCCAAACCCAUCUGGAUGAGGAAGCCAUCUGAGAUCCAAGCUGAAGAAUAUCAAGAAUUCUACAAGAGUAUGAGCAAGGACAGCCAAGAUAGCUUGGCAUUCACUCACUUCGUAGCUGAGGGUGAAGUGACAUUCAAGGCUUUGCUCUUCGUGCCGAACACGCAACCGACUGAGAACUUCAACAAAUACGGCACUGCCACUGACAACAUCAAGCUCUACGUCCGUCGCGUCUUCAUUACUGACGACUUUAAGGACAUGAUGCCCAACUACCUGUCCUUCAUUCGCGGCGUCGUAGACUCAGACGACCUGCCUCUGAACGUCUCACGCGAGACCCUGCAGCAGCACAAGCUCCUCAAGGUUAUCAAGAAGAAGCUCGUCCGCAAGGCUCUCGACAUGUUCAAGAAACUAGAUGAAGACGACUUCGAAAAGUUCUACAAGGAAUACUCUACCAACCUGAAACUCGGUAUUCUUGAAGAUACAAGCAACCGAAACCGUCUUGCUAAGUUGCUGCGAUUCGGCAGUUCAUCCACGAAAGGUGACAAGAAGACCAGUCUUGCUGACUAUGUGGCCAGAAUGAAGGAGAAUCAAGAAAGUAUUUACUACAUGGCUGGUGCUUCCAAGGAGGAGGUGGCCACUUCUCCAUUUGUUGAACGCCUCCUGAAGAAAGGUCUUGAAGUUCUCUAUCUGGUCGAAGCCAUUGACGAGUACGCCAUCAACGCCCUGCCCGAGUUUGAAGGCAAGAAGUUCCAGAAUGUGGCCAAAGAAGGCCUCACACUCUCCAGCAGCGAGGCUGCCAAGGAGAGAACUGAAGAGCUCAAGAAGCAGUUCGAGCCUCUCACCACAUGGCUUGCUGAAGAAGCUCUUAAAGAUCAGGUUAGCAAAUGCGAAGUGAGCGAACGCUUGACGACAUCACCGUGCGCUUUGGUUGCUUCAUCGUUCGGUUGGACUGGCAACAUGGAACGCCUCCACAUCUCAAAUGCUCAUCAAAAAUCAGAAGAUGUCACCAGGCAGUAUUACCUGAACCAGAAGAAAACUCUAGAAAUCAACCCUCGUCAUCCUAUCAUGAAGGAGCUCUUAAAACGUGUUCAUGAUGGCGCCACUGACGAGUCUACAGUCGACAUCGCCAAGAUGAUGUUCAGAACAGCAACUCUUCGGUCUGGCUUCAUGCUGAAAGACACAGUUGAAUUCGCUGCAUCCGUAGAAGAAAUGCUCCGCACAACCCUCGGCAUUGCUGCUGAUGAGCCCAUAGAGGAGGAACCUGAGUUGCCUGAGGAUGAGGGGCAGGAAGAAGCGCUUGAUGCCGACGAGGAGCCUAGCACCGACGACGCUGAAGAGACCGAGGAAAUGCACGAUGAGUUGUAGGCGCCGCGACCGUCAGGGUGGCAUCUCUAGUCCGUGACAUUGACUAUACGCUGGAGCUGGCUGCCUCGUGUAGAUAAUAGAUUUUCAUACGGCAUUAAAUCUCAUGUAAACGAAAUGUUUUACAGCGAAGAAUUCGGUUGAGAAUGUGUACACUAUUUGCCCUUUUUUGAGGGCGUUCUGUCGUCAAGCUAACUGAUAUUGUGAAUAUUCGUAAGGUGACAUCGCACCGACCCAAGCUUGAGGAUAAUUUUAGGUACUUACUGCCCAAGUUAGUUCUGAUGAAUUAAAGUUUAUGUGCUUUGCGUUAGGAGCGGAAGAAAUAUUCUGACAUCUCCACGUGACCAUCAGUAGCGUCAUCGGUAGUGUAUAUGUAUUCGUUCAUUAUGAAUCAUUUAGCGUUAGUGAUGCUCUAGAUCAAAUCGUUGCAUCUCAUUCCAUUUCCUUGCCUUUAAGGCGCGAGUGUUGUGAGAGACGUUGAAUGCAGCUGUGUUACAUAUUUCGGAACUUGCGAGCGUAAAUGUCAUGUUGAAACUUGACUUCACUGGAUGUUGAUUUCAUUACGUAUAUUUCGUUCUUGGAGUAGUAACAUUUCUUGCGUGGUGCUCACAUCCUCAACAUGCUAUUUAAAGAGGUGCAAUCAAAAAUUUAUUAAUUAUUACUAUUUAUUCGCUCAUUGUUUCAUCUAAUGAUGGAGUGUGUAAGAAAUUAUGUCAUCGAAAGUGAGUUGUUUAUCUGUUUGGGUUAUUCAUGUUAAGGUCUUGUCUGAGUGUUAGAAGUUUAUCCAUUUCUCCUUGAAUGAAUAAACGCGACUAAAAUAACUUGAGAUUUGCUGUGCUGAUUCUUCGUUUCUACUACACGUGUUAGACUAUCGUUUAAUUCACUGUAUGACUGCUGCCUUUCAAGCGUGUACGAGUAAACCUUAUUUAAUUACAAAACAGAUCAAAACUUC